AGAAGAAAAAAAGGCAUGUACUUCCGGGACACGUCAACAUAUGUGGCUACGCAGACGUACACCAGCCGAGCGCGAGCGUCUAGACUAGAGAGAGACACACUUCUUUUUAAGUCAUGGAGACAUUAUACAGUAUUCCAUUUGCGUUGCUGGAAUGCCCCAAUGUCAAGCUGAAGAAGCCGUCGUGGCUGCACAUGCCGUCGGCAAUGACCGUGUACGCGGUCGUCAUCGUGUCCUACUUUCUCAUCACCGGAGGCAUCAUCUACGAUGUUAUUGUAGAGCCACCGAGUGUGGGUUCAAUGACUGAUGAGCACGGACACCAGCGACCAGUGGCCUUUUUGGCUUACAGAGUAAAUGGACAGUACAUUAUGGAGGGGCUGGCUUCCAGUUUCCUUUUCACGAUGGGAGGCAUGGGCUUUAUCAUCCUGGACCGCUCCAACGCACCAAACAUUCCCAAACUCAACCGCUUCCUGUUGCUCUUCAUCGGUUUUGUCAGCGUUCUCCUCAGCUUCUUCAUGGCCAGAGUAUUCAUGCGCAUGAAGCUGCCAGGAUACCUCAUGGGCUAAAGGCAGACUUCAAAUGAUUUGGAACGACAGAGGACAUCAACGCAUGGGUGCCAAACUAAAAUAUGGAUAAACGCAACCUUAUCAAUAAUCAACCAGAGAACUGAAAGCACUGACCUUGCUCAAGAAAUUAGACAUGGCUGCACUGGCUGUCUCAUUGGUGUUUUUUGACUUUCUUCCCUUUCUCCAUCUCCAAAUUUCCAAACGAACUGAUGCAGCAGAGGAGGAUCACAAUGACAUCAUCAUGAUAUACAGGCCCCUCUCAGUGUAGUGCAUCUAAAGCAUACUUAAGAAAUUAGAUUUUGCACACAAAAAAACCUAAAACAAGAGGAAGUAACUGAACACUGUUGGCAUGAAGCUAUGAUUUAUGUUGUACGUUUUUGUAAAGAAAUCAUUAAAAAGAAAGCCAGUUGCAUUUUUGUA